GAUAAAAGAAGAAGUUUCGAAUUCGAGGUAAUCGUAAGGUUACUGCACUACGAGUUAAUGAGGUUCCUCCAUGAGAGCUACAUCAUAUAGUGGGUAUAAUUCGUAUAUAUGUAGUGAAACCCUCGGGAUAUCUUGGCCAAACCCGUAGCUUUCAUGUAGCAAAUUUGGCCGGAUUGUCGUCUAUGAUUACUUAGCAAUCAAGAUCUCUAGAAUUUCCAACUUCCAACUUCUAACAUUCUGUUUGCUCCCGAUAAAGAGUAAUUAUACGCUAUUGACAAUCAGUUAUUUAGGUGCAUUUAUGCUAAUACAACUAAAACUGUCUUGGCACUGCGCAUAGGCAGAAAUCUUAAACUUUGAGCUUCGCCGAUUGCGAUAACGACUCGUGCUUUAAUUCAUUCAAUUAAAUUCAUUUAACCUUUGUUUCUUCUAUUCUACCAAAAUAUUUACGCUCUCACGAAACGUAUCGCAAGCUAUAAUCAAACCUAUAAUCGAUAAGAUCCCGACCAACAACAUAAAUCGUGCGCGAAUAGCGCUCCAUGAAAUUUACAUCUACCCGUUCGCCAUACCAUGAUAGCUUCUUCUCGAAUAGAUCCGACUUCGUUUGACUCGACAUCACUUCAAAAUGUCGGUCGGCGGCACGAGCUCGCUCUCCCAAUACCUGGAGCAGCUGCCAGGGACGACAUAUAGGAAACUCUACCUGCAGCCCUCUACCGCGUUCGCCAUCUUUCGUCGCAUGCUUCCACAUAUGGCAAAGACCAUUGUUAUGGCCAUCCUCUACUCCCCCACGCCCUUCCAAAUGUCCGACCUCGAACUAUGGGUCAAACCCACUGCGACUCGCGAAAAGGAUCAGGCCGUCGCUAUCCUCCGAUCUCUACAUAUAAUCCAACCUCAAUCCCUUACUCUCACAGUCAACUUCAAGAAUAGCUUACGACUUGCCUUGGAAGGCGGAGGCGACCAUAAUUCUUUCGGCGUACCAUCCACACAUCCUAUCCCUAACGAGGUCGAUCACGCAUUCCUAGAUAAAUACGCAAAGAAGAAAUGGGACGAUAUUCUACACUACGUUGUUUCGGCCACCGGCCUAACCAGUAUGGGAGGUAGUUCUAGCGGUCCUAAGCAGUCGGUAAAGGAACUUCUCACGGCCGGUCAUCUAGUCGAGCGUAGCCAUGGAGAGCUUAAGAUCACUCAUAUCGGGUUUUCGUUCCUAUUACAAGAGGCCAAUGCCCAAGUUUGGGCCUUGUUACUCCUCUGGCUCCAGGCCAUCGACGCGGCCAACGCCAGUGGAAGUAGGUCAGAGAUGGAUAGCGUAGAUAUGCUAUCAUUUUUCUUCCUACUAGCUUCCCUCGAAUUUGGACGCGCUUACAGCACCGACGCUUUGACGGAGAAUCGCCGCAAUAUGCUACCCAACCUAAUCGACUUCGGUCUCAUAUACAUACCUCAACAUAAUACCCACCAAUUCUUCCCUACCCGACUCGCAACAACCCUUACUAGCAACGAGACAGCCCUCCGAAGUGUCAGCGCAGGAUUUUCUGCAGCGACCGGUGCGAAUAACGAAGACCAGGACAAGUGUACUGUCAUUCUCGAGACCAACUUCCGAAUGUACGCAUACGUGCACUCCCCGCUACAAAUCGCAGUGCUAGCGCUCUUUUCCGACCUUAAGUUUCGUUUUAAGGGCAUGGUGUCUGGCCACUUAACACGCAAGUCGAUCAAGAAGGCUGUAGACCACGGCAUCACAGCAGAUCAAAUCGUAUCAUACCUAUCAACCCACGCCGAUGAACAGAUGUAUCGCCACGCCGCUGCAUCCAAUAAGCCUGUCUUACCUCCCGUAGUCAUCGACCAGAUUCGUCUGUGGCAGCUUGAUACCGAGCGUAUUUCCACUCGUGACGGUUACCUAUUCAAGGAAUUCGAUGAAUAUAAGGAGUAUAAGGCUGUCGCUGACUUUGCUGACAAUAUUGGUGUCUGCGCCUGGCGAAACGAUAAGAAAGGUAUCUUUUUCGCUACCAAGGUGGAACAUAUUAAAGAUUUCAUGAAGUCUCGUCGCAAGGCUAAUGAGGCUAGUGAAGCGAAGUGAUAGAUUCGUUUGCGUCGCUAUCCUACCAGCCUAUAUUUCCCGUGUUUUUUGCCCUGGUAUCUUUGAUUUCGCAUUCACAUCAUUACAGUUAGGAGUUUUGGGAUCUAUAGGCGAGCAUGAGGACCAGGCAGGUAUAGGAGCAUAUGGUUUACGGCAUGAAUAGAAAAGCUUCGUCUCUAUAUGCCUCAGGGCUUCCACAGGCUCACAAUAGGUAAAAUUAAAAAGUUUUGCGUUUUAACGAUUACAAAUGUCUUCAGGAAUCAGAUGGUUUUACACGUAAGCCGAGUCACUUUCUAAUUGAUGGGACUGAAUGAAUGAUCAUGAGCAGAAUUUAUUAACGGC